CAUACAAGUAGUUAAGUUGACAUGCCUUGGCUUUUCCUGGCGAGAGCAUCAUCCAACUGCCAAGAGUUAACCUGCAGUACUGCUCUGCAUAGCAGGGGUGAAGGAUAUAAAAGCACCCUGCACGCUGGCUCCCCAGGAGGAAUGACAAGCCGUUUUGAAAAAGCAGCAGCUGCAGCAGCAGGUUCUAGGUGAUAUGGCCAAGCGCACUUUUUCAAUACUAGAAACAUUCCUAAUUUUUGUCCUCGUGAUGAUGACAGCAAUCACUGUGGCUCUUCUCAGCCUCUUGUUUAUAACCAGUGGAAACAUUGAAAAUCAUAAAGGCAAGCCUUCCACGCAAACUCCUUCCACUAUUGUGAGCUCCACAACCAGCACAACCACUAAACGUUCAAGCACCCAAACUCCAGUGAUCACCGCCCCAGAACCUCCUCUCUUUCAGAAUUUCAGUGGCUACCAUAUUGGUGUUGGGCGAGCUGACUGUACAGGACAGGUAGCUGAUAUCAAUUUGAUGGGUUAUGCCAGAUCUGACCAGAAUGCUCGAGGCCUCCUCACCAGACUGUACAGUCGCGCUUUCAUCAUGGCAGAGCCUGAUGGGUCCAAUCGGACCGUGUUCGUCUCCAUCGAAAUAGGCAUGGUUUCCCAACGACUCAGGCUUGAGGUCCUGAACAGACUCAAGAGUAAAUAUGGCUCCCUGUACAGAAGAGACAAUGUGAUCCUGAGUGGCACUCACACACACUCAGCUCCUGGAGGAUAUUUUCAGUAUACUGUCUUUGUUAUCUCCAGUCAAGGAUUCAGCAAUCGAACAUUUGAGUACAUGGUCGCUGGUAUUGUGAAGAGCAUCGAUAUAGCACACAAAAAUAUGAAGCCAGGCAAAAUCUUUAUCAAUAAAGGAAACGUGAAUGGUACUCAGAUCAAUCGAAGCCCUUCUUCUUACCUUCGGAAUCCAGAGUCCGAGAGAGCAAGAUAUUCUUCUGAUGUAGACAAGGAAAUGGUGGUCUUGAAAAUGGUAGAUUUGAAUGGAAAUGACUUGGGCAUUUUAAGCUGGUUUGCCAUUCACCCAGUCAGCAUGAACAACAGCAACCAUCUUGUAAAUAGUGACAAUGUCGGCUAUGCAGCCUACCUUCUUGAGCAAGAGAAAAACAAAGAAUAUCUACCUGGAGAGGGACCUUAUGUAGCAGCUUUUGCAUCAUCAAAUCUAGGAGACGUAUCUUCUAAUAUUCUGGGACCACGUUGUAUCAACACAGGAGAGUCUUGUGACAAUGCCAAUAGUACUUGUCCCAUUGGCGGGCCUAACAUGUGCAUGGCCAUCGGACCUGGGAAGAAUAUGCUUGACAGCACACAAAUUAUAGGGAAUAUCUUAUAUCAGAGAGUAAAGGAACUGUCUGCUUCUGCCUCGCAGGAGUUGACUGGACACCUGGCUUCAGCUCAUCAGUGGGUCGAUAUGACAAAUAUCACUCUCUGGGUCAAUACCUCACACAGCAUAAAAACAUGUAAACCAGCCUUGGGGUACAGCUUUGCAGCCGGCGCUACUGAUGGAGUUGGAGGCCUCAAUUUUUCACAGGGAAUGCUGGAAGGAGACCCAUUUUGGGAAGCACUUCGGGAUGGGAUCCUGGGUAAGCCAUCUGAAGAAAUCAAAGAAUGCCAUAAACCAAAACCAAUCCUACUUCAUACUGGAGAGCUGUCAAAGCCUCAUCCCUGGCACCCAGAUAUUGUUGAUAUUCAGAUUAUUACUCUUGGAUCUUUGGCCAUAACUGCCAUUCCUGGGGAGUUUACGACCAUGUCUGGACGAAGACUUAGGGAGGCAGUUCAAGAAGAAUUUGAACGUAAUGGAAUGAAGAAUAUGACUGUUGUUGUCUCUGGUCUCUGCAAUGUCUAUACACAUUAUAUUACCACCUAUGAGGAAUAUCAGGCCCAGCGGUACGAGGCAGCAUCUACGAUUUAUGGACCACACACUCUAUCUGCUUACAUCCAUCAGUUCAGAAUCCUUGCCAAAGCCCUGGCUACGGACACUGUAGCUGACCUGAGCAGUGGUCCAGAGCCUCCAUUUUUCAAGCAACUGAUAAGCUCAUUAAUUCCUAAUAUUGACGACAACAAGCCGAUUGGCAAAAACUUUGGGGAUGUUCUGAACUCAACGCAACCUCAGUAUAAAGUGGGAGAAGUUGUUGAAGUUACCUUUGUAGGUGCCAACCCAAAGAAUUCAGCAGAAAACCGGACCUAUGAUACCUUCCUCACUGUGGAGAAAUAUGAGAACACUUCAGCAACCUGGAAAAUAGUGCAUAAUGAUGCCUCCUGGGAUACUCGUUUCUAUUGGCGCAAGGGACUCGCAGGCCAUAGCGAUGCAAUCAUACAAUGGCAUAUUUCAGAAGUUACCCAGCCUGGGACUUACAGAAUGAGAUACUUUGGACACUUUCGGAAACAGGGAUUUUUCAAGACCACAUUCUUCCCUUUUGAAGGCUCUUCUCCCAAUUUUGAAGUUGUGUCUACAUGGUGAAGAUCUGGACAAUCAUUUGAAGAAUAGCUAGACAAUAUUUAAUUUAUGUAAUCGAUUUUAUGCGAAUGUAAAUUAUGUUAAGUCCUAUAAUUGUUCCUGUAUGGGACAGAAUAUUUACUGCUAUUGGAACAGGUGUGUGUGUGUGUGUGUGCUCGCAUGUGUGUACACAUGUGCAUGAUGUAUACAUGUGUCCCAUUUUGUUGUCUUAUCAGCUCUUUACUUUGAGAUUCAGAGCCUUAUGAUGCUCAAUGGAAUAGUUUCCCCUUAAUGUGAAACCUCUGGAAUGUUAGUAAGAGUUGCUGAAGAUGUGUGAACAAUGUUUAACUAAUU